UUCUCUCGCUCAUUUCAUUCUCUCUCUCUCUCUCUCUCCCCCCGACCUUUUCUCUCUGUGCGCCCUCAUCUCGCAACCCAAACCACGACCACCAUCUCUCUCUCCUCUUCCCUCCAUCUCUCGCAUGCGCAAAUAUUAUCUCGAAUUACAAAACAAAGAGAAGCUUCCCCUAAUUUACCCGCCAAAAAGGUCCCCCGCCGCGGCGGCGCAUGGGCUCCUCGCUCUGACGGAUGGAUUCGGGGAUCGCUCUCUCGGCGGACGGCUCGGCUUCCCCCCCGCAGAAGCGAGGGACGCCGGAUGGAGGAGCUGGAGGAUCGGCCGCCCCGGCCGCGAAGAGGACGAGGUUCGAGGGGGCGGAGUUCGGACGUGUGGCGGAGAUCGUGCUGGUGCUGGCGGCGAUGGGGAGGAUGCGCGGGGGCAGGGAUCCGACGGAGGCGGAGAUAGGUUUGAUGAUGGAGGCGCGGGAGAAGCUGGCGUCCGCGUGCGCGGCCCUGGCUCCGGAGGAUAUUGUGGCUGGCGAUGCUGUUGGGCGCGUGGUUGAGGAUUUGGGGCUCAAUGGAAAGCACAAGGAUCAGAGGUCUGCUUACGCGGUUCCGAAAUUGUCGAUUGCUGAGAAGCUGACGUUUACAAAGAGAAAGAUGGAAGAAUCGAAGAAGUUCCCUUCCCAUACAACUUCUUAUUUACCCCACUUGUCACAACCAAGUUUUGCUGCUACUGCCGAAAACCGUGGGAUGGUACCUGUGGUACCUGUUGUUCGUACAAUAACAUCGGAUAAAGUUAAUCAGUCUCCCCUUUCUUCCGGAGUCAUCCCAGUUGCUUCUGCUACGGCUAAUGUUUCUUCUGGAAGCUCUGUGCCAUACCAGCUUCCACGAAGUGACAUAAGGACGUCGACUGCUUCUAGUGGGAUAUCUAAUAGUCAUAUAGGAAGAGAUUCUUCUUCAAUGCUUUUGCCUAAGGUUGAUCAAGCAAACAAUGUGAAUCAGGCAGGACCUCAUAUCUCAACUAAACCUUCACAAGCAACUUAUGCAAAUCAACCAUCUGUGAAUGCUCCUUCCUGGUCCCUACAAACCCAACACGCCUCGUUAUCUAGACUAGGAACGGGAAAUAAUAUUCCUAGUAAUACAUUGGGCCAGGUUGAGCAAGCCUCUACGUCAGGGCCUGCAGCGCCUCCUCUUGCAGCAAGAAACCCAACACAUAGACCAUUCACUUCACAAACUGCUGCUGCACGUUUGCCCACCAUGCAUCAUCAACCUUUUCAAGGUGUCAACUUUGUUUCUCCACCUUCAAGUUACGCUAGUCACUAUGAAAUUGCUAAAAAUAUUCAGAAGAUCUUAACUCCAAAGCUUCCUGAGCAUCCUACAUGGACUCCUCCUUCAAGGGAGUAUAUGAACAAGGCAUUGAUUUGCCAGCUUUGCCAAGCUACUGUCACUGAUGUGGAAAGUGUGUUGCUUUGUGAUGCUUGCGAGAAAGGAUACCACUUGAAAUGCUUGCAGUCGCAGAAUCAGAAAGGGAUACCUAAAGCUGAAUGGCAUUGCCAGAAAUGCUUGGCACUGAGCCAUGGGAAGGCCUUGCCCCCUAAAUAUGGUCGUGUGAUGAGAAACUUAGGUGGUCCAAAAGUGGCCCCUAAUGCUACUGGUAGUCAUUCAUAUUCAGAGAAGAAAGUUAGAACUGUGGAUUUGAAGUUCAAUCAACCAAAGAUAACUACGAAUGGUGUCUCCUUCUCACAAAAUGCGAUAACAACAAAUGGUGUCUCCUACUCACAAAAUGCUGCUGUUGUUAUUGGUGCUGGAAAAGGUCAUGCUACUACUGGUUCUGAUUUGCAAAUUCCAAAGGCCAGAGAAAUGCGGGAGAAUGAUCUCUGCCCAUCUAAAAAAGAAGUGGAUCAGAAGCCUUUUUCUGAAUCUGGGAUGAAUAGGUCAGGGAAAUCCAGGGAUCCCACUUGUGGUUCUCCUCUUGGUUUACUGAGUGAAAGAUCCAAGGAGAACAGGGAAAAAUCUGAGCCAUUUGUGCAUUUUGAUAAACAAGAAAGUGAAGUAAAGCCAGAGCUUCCCACUAUAUUAUGUGAGUCAGCAAAUAUAGAAUCUAGUCUGCCUUCAUCUUCACACAGUGCGUCAGACGUUAACCACUUAGAAAAGAAAAUUUGUACUGAAGUCUCCUCUAAAAUGUUAGAUAAUAAUGAUUCCAUCAUCAAAGAUGCAGAAAAGUCCAGUGCAGAAGACCAGCAAGAUUCUACUUCAACAUAUGAUGUAAAGCAAGUGGGCCAAGAUGACAGACGGCCAGAUCAUGUUCAGAGUUCUGAAACUAGUACUGGGAAGAGAGAGUGUGUUGGCUUCUCUUCAGAUGUUGCCCAGAGUUUUGAGUGGAUUGGUGAUGCACUAGAAGUUGUCAAUGGCAAGACAUAUUACUCUUCUUGCUGCGUUGGUGGAAUAACAUACAAAGUGAAGGAGCACGCGCUUUUUCGUUUGAGUAAUGACAAAUUGACACCAUUUAAACUUCAGGCAAUGUGGGAGGAUGGUGAAACUGGCUUGAAGUGGUUUGACAUUACCAGGUGUUAUUUUCCUGGUGACUUGCCAAAUAAUGUGGCUCAUCCAUUUGUCCCUGACAGCAAUGAGGUUUUCGAAUCUAAUCAUAAUAGUAGUGUGAUGGCAUGCUCGAUUCAAGGCCCAUGUGAGGUUCUUCCCCCUGCGAAAUAUAAAGAAGAAACUGAAAGACGAAGUCAUUUAGGAACCGAAGCGAAUGUUAGAUUGAGACCUCUCUUUCUGUGCAAUUGGUUUUAUGAUGAACUGAAAGGUCAUUUUCAAGCUGUUUCCAUUUAGUUUGGCAGACGCAUCCUUUAGGCACCAAGACAGCCUUAGCCAGUGGUAACUGCAUGGUCCUCAUACAAUCAGGAAAUAUGCUCUGAUGGGGAGGCCUGCAAGACCUUUUGUAAAAUAUGUAGAUGUGGCCAUUUAGUGUUUCUUAAGAAAUUAUUCUGUGAUUUUCCCAUCCCUAUUUUUUCUAAGCGUUAGUCUUUUAAUCUAAGCCCUUUUUGUUUUUGUUUUAUUUAUUUAUUUAUUAGGGCAAUAAGUUAGGUUGAGGUAAAUCUGUAAGUCGCCCUUGUACGUUUGUUCGCGGCAAAAGGCAGACAGAGCGUACCCUUGUUUUCAUAGGUAGUGGUCCCGACUUCAGAUA